AUGUCUUCGAAGCGCGUUCCUGUCUAUCAGGAUAUCGACGGAGUGAAGUACUCUUUGGGAUACAAGGUUAACCUCGUCCGCGAGGCACUGAGCUACAUGCCCCACGAUGGAGAUAUUGUCAUGGUUUCCCCUCUUAAAUGCGGCAACAACUGGCUUGAACAAAUCAUGCAACUCAUUUUAUACAGGGGCCAGUCCGCCAACGACCUAACGGAGUACAACAAACGAACGCCAUACAUCGAAAUGGUAGGCACGGACCCUUUGAAGGACAUGCACCCUCCUCGCUUUUUCAAGACUCAUUUCAGUUACGAACGCCAGCCCAUGAACCCUAAGGCCAAGUACGUGUACUUGACAAGGAACCCCCUGGACGUCUGCGUUUCCUUCUACCACUUCACUCGCUCUGUGCCGGUGUACAGAUUCAAGGAUGGAACAUUUGAUGAUUUCUUCGAGCUCUUCGUGACAGGCCAGAACGAUCGUGGCGACUUCUUUGACCACUUGAUGUCCUGGUACCCUCAUAAGGAUGACAUCAACGUCUUCUUUGUCACCUAUGAGGAACUCAAGAGGAACUUCAGAAACACUGUCUUGAGACUUGCUCGUUUUCUGGGAGAGGAGUACGCGAAGCCGCUGGAGUCGAACGAACUCUUCCAAAAGGUUGUGGAACAGAGCAGCCUUUCUUUCAUGUCCCAGUUUCUGAUGAUUACGGAAGAGAAAAUGAGAAAAUUGGUUGAAAAAGGCGAUAAGGACAUGUUAGAGGCCACAAAGAGGUUUGCCUUUGAUGGUUCUGAUGGGUUUCUGAACAAAAGUGUACUCGUUCGUAAAGGGAUAGUAGGCGAUUGGAAAACGCUCUUCAAGGAAGAACAUCUGGAGCAACUGCGCCUCAGAAUACACGAGAAGAAUGUAGCCCCUGCCCUUAAGGCUCUGUGGAGCUCUGAGGACUUGGGAGGAGUGGUUUAG